UUGCCCUUAAGAAGGACGCUUCGACCGCCACCACCUCCUUCAUGGCAGACCGCAACGCCCGAGCGUGAGGUCUACGACUGCUCCCUCAAGAUCGAGAUCGAGGCCCUGCCUCUCGGCGGGCGCCUCGCCGAUCUGAGCCGCGCCCGGGCCCAAUCGAUGAGCUUUGGGCUGAGCGCGAGGCCAAUUGGAAAAUUUGAACAGGUUCUACCGGGGAAGGGAGGCGAGGAGCUCAGGUCCGAGAUUGAGCACAUGGUGGCGAUGGCUGACAAGGCCGAGAAGCUUCAUUAUGAGCUUGCGGAUGCAGAGAAGAGGGCCAUGGCCGUGGAUUUGGGUCUUAAUCUGAAUUCUGGAAUUGAUUUAAGAAACGAUUGA